AUGGAGAAGCUGAACAAUGUGACUGAAUUCAUUCUUUUGGGAAUCACAAAGAAUCCAGAGCUAAGGAAAAUCUCAGUUUUGUUCCUAGUCAUGUAUUUGGCUACAAUGUUAGGAAACAUCCUGAUUGUGGUAACGAUAACCAGAAGCCCUGGUCUGAAUUCACCCAUGUAUUUCUUCCUUAAAUCCCUAUCCUUCAUGGAGGUAACUUACUCUUCUAUCAUUACUCCCAAGUUGAUUGUGGACUCUUUCUCUGAGAUCAUUUCCAUCUCAGUGUCAGGCUGCAUGACACAGCUUUUUGUGGAUCACUUCUUUGGUGGUGUGGUGAUAAUCCUUCUCAUUGUGAUGGCCUAUGAUCGAUAUGUGGCCAUCUGUAAGCCUCUGCAUUAUAUGACCAUCAUGAGUCCUAGAGUAUGCUGCCUGAUGGUGGGAGGGACUUGGAUAGGUGGAUUUGCACAUGCAAUCAUUCAGGUUCUCUUUAUGUAUCAAAUACCCUUCUGUGGCCCCAAUAUCAUAGAUCACUUUAUGUGUGAUUUAUUUCCACUGUUGAAACUGGCCUGCAUGGACACCUACAUUCUAGGUCUCUUAGUUAUUCUUAACAGUGGAGUAAUGUGUACGGCCAUUUUCCUCAUUCUAACUUCUUCCUAUGUGAUCAUUCUCUGCUCCCUAAAGUCCUGUAGCUCUGAAGGAAGGUGAAAAGCCCUCUCCACAUGUACCUCCCACUUCACAGUGGUUGUGUUGUUCUUCGUGCCUUGUAUUUUCUUGUAUGUUAGGCCUGUGGUCACUUACCCUGUAGAUAAGAUAAUGGCUGUAUCCUCUACUGUUAUUGAACCAAUGUUAAAUCCUUUGAUCUACACCUUGAGGAAUUCAGAAGUGAAAAAUACCUUAAGGAGGCUUCUGAUGAAACAGGGGACACUGGGUGGUCACUAG